AUGGGUUUUAGUUUCAACAGGCUUACAAAUCUUCAUCUUGUCUCUUUCUUCCUCCUCCUGUUUAAUCUCCGUGUAUUUUCUCAGUUAAAUAACAGCAGCAUUAGACUUGGAGACGUGAUAAGAGAUGGGGAAACCAUUGUUUCGGAAAACCAGAUUUUUCAGCUAGGGUUUUUCAGUCCCCGGAAUUCAAGUUUCCGAUACGUUGGAAUAUGGUAUUACGGGAUGCCUGAUCAAACAGUCACAUGGGUGGCAAAUAGAGAUGCUCCAAUCUCCGGCGAUUCUGGUGUUUUUGGCAUUCAAAGCAAUGGAGGUUUGAGUAUUUCUGAUCAAAACGGUACAGUAUACUGGUCAACAGAUAGUUUUCCGGAGGUUGGUAAUGUAACAGUGAUGCUUGUUGACACUGGAAACCUGAUUCUUUCUACCGUUGAGAAUGCCGGAGAUGACCGUAAUGCGUUAUGGCAGAGCUGUGAGCAUCCAACUGAUACUUACUUACCAAACAUGAGAGUGUAUGUGAAUAUCACAACAGGUGAUAGUGCUUCAUUUGUUUCAUGGAGAACUCCCAACGACCCUUCAACUGGGAAUUACUCAAUGGUAGUUGAUCCUCGUGGUUCACCUCAAAUCGUAACUUGGGACAACUCACGUCGUAGGAUUUGGAGAUCUGGGCAAUGGAAUCAGCAGAUAUUCACAGGACUACCACAGAUGAGAUCUCUAUUGCUGUCUGGUUUUAGACUGGUUCAGGAUGAUGGUGGGCUCAUGUACUUCAUCUUCAAUAAUCCAAAUAGGACCCUUUUGAUGCGGUUCAUGAUACAAUGGAAUGGAGUAGUGCAGCAGUUGACUUGGGAUGAAGGAAGACUGCUAUGGGUUGUGCCACUGUCGCUGCCUUCUACUCAAUGCCAAGAGUAUAACAGGUGUGGUAGCUACGGAAUCUGCAGCCUCAAUAAUUCCCCAUCAGUGUGUUCUUGUAUGCAAGGAUUCGAACUAAAUUCCAGUGAUCAGUGUACUAGAAGAACCCCUCUAGAAUGUGGAACAAAUUCUAGCACAAGUGAUGGAUUCCUACGAACAGAUGGAGUCAAGUUGCCUGAUUUCGGCAAUACUUUCAUGGCACAAAACCAAGGGGAAUGCGAAGAUGGAUGCUCCAGGAAUUGCUCAUGUGAUGCGUAUGCCUAUGUCUCCGGAGUCGGUUGUUUGAUCUGGGGUGGUGAUUUGAUCGAUAUCGAACAAUUUGAAGAGGGUGGAGAAACACUUUUCGUUCGCCUCGCAGGUUCAGAAUUAGGUGGUGGAAAUACAUCCCAAACUGUAGUUAUAGCAAUAUCAAUAACCGGAACAAUUGUUCUUGGUGUAUUCAUAUGGAUAACCUGGAGGUACAGGCGAAACAUCAAAGAAUUUACAAAUCUGUGCGGGAAAAAGAUGAAUUUCGCACCUCUCGUUCAACAGUCGAAUGGCCUAAACAUUUCAGCAAAUUCCGAAAGAGCAGGUGGUCUUUCAGUUGAAGGAAAACCAUUCGAAGGGACAUUAUACAGUCUUGCUACCCUGGAAUCCGCCACAGAUGGCUUUGCUAAUAAAAACAAGCUCGGUGAAGGAGGUUUUGGUCCCGUACACAAGGGAAUCCUUCCUGGGGGACAGAAAAUUGCGGUAAAGAGGCUGUCGAAAUGGUCUGGACAAGGCUUGAUGGAAUUCAAGAAUGAGAUGAUUCUGAUUGCAAAGUUACAACAUAGAAAUCUGGUUCGGUUGCUAGGGUAUUGCAUUGACCUGGAAGAAAAUAUGCUAGUUUAUGAAUAUAUGCCUAACAAAAGCCUCGAUACGUUUCUUUUUGAUAUGAAAAAGAAGGAGCAUCUAGAUUGGAAGACACGGUUUCUGAUCAUUGAAGGAAUUGCUAGAGGUCUACUUUACCUCCAUCGAGAUUCUAGGCUUAGAAUCAUUCAUCGUGAUCUAAAGGCUAGUAACAUUUUGCUUGAUGAGGAUAUGAACCCGAAAAUUUCAGAUUUUGGCAUGGCCAGAAUAUUUGGAGGGAACCAAAAUGAGGCAAAUACAGUCCGAGUAGUAGGAACAUACGGUUAUAUGUCCCCAGAGUACGCAAUGGAAGGUUUGUUUUCGGUAAAAUCUGAUGUCUAUAGCUUCGGGGUUUUGCUAUUAGAAAUCAUCAGCGGCCAAAGGAACACAGGCUUUCAUGCUCAGGAUUCCACAAACCUAAUACAACAUGCAUGGAAUCUAUGGAAGAAUGGGAAACCCGAAGAACUAAUUGAUCCAUCAAUUCUAGAUUCAUGUAACAAGAAAGAAGCAUUGCAAUGCAUCCAUGUAGGGAUGCUAUGUGUACAAUUUUCAGCUGUCCAUAGGCCUACUAUGUCGUCGGUGGUCUAUAUGUUGGAGAGUGAAAACAGAAGCCUUCCUCUACCUACACAAGUUGGUAACACGUCAUUAAACGCCGAUGAAAUGGACUUGGUCAUGGAAGGCCGAUAUACAACUUUUUCGUCUAAUGAUAUUACAUUUACAGAAGUGGUUGGGAGGUAGAUAGGAAAAAAAAAGACAUUCUUUUGUAAGGUUUGUGUGUUGUUUGAGUGUUGAUAUGUACAAACGGUAGAAAUUCACCUAAUUUUCAUGGUUGAUGAAAAAUAUAUACAAAUGCAGUACC